UUGAAUUGAUAGUUUAAAAAUUUUCAUUGAUUGAUCAAAACGCUCCGGUUAAACCUCUCUGAUCUAAGUAAAAUGAGUAAAUUCAACGAAGAUGAAUUACAUCCUCCAAGUUGGAUGGAUGAGAAAUUUUUCACAGAAGUUUUGAAGAAAUGUGAAAAAUCUGAUAAAAUUUCGGUAAAAGAAGUGAAAAUAUCACCAGCAUCAGCUCAAGGUGAUCACUAUGCAAGUGUUAUGUUCCGAGGAGCUGUUACUUAUGAUACACCAAAAUCCAAAGGUAUAUCGAAAUCUCUGAUUAUCAAAACUAUGCCAGAAUUGGAAGGCACUAAAAAGGAUAUGCUGGGAGAAUCGUACAUUUUUGAAACAGAAAUUGCGAUGUAUUCAGAAACAAUACCGAAAUUAGAAGCUGAAUUGAGGAAAAUUGGUGAUCAAACAGUAUUGCAAGCUGGAGUUUUGUACCACUCUCUGGAACCAAGGAAGGUCAUAAUUUUCGAGGAUAUUUGUCCCAAAGGAUAUCAAGUGUUGCGAGACAGACAUUGUAAUAUGGAUGAAGUCAAAUUGGCAUUUUUGAAACUUGCCAAAUGGCAUGCUGUGAGCUAUAAACUUGCUGCUGAGGGUGAUACUUCAGUAACCGGCUAUAAGGAAAGUUUUCUAGCAUUCAAAGAUAUCGAAGAAAUGCCAUUUAUGACACAAGGAAUUGAAAACUUCAUAAAUAAAAUAAACACAAUUGAUGAUCUAAAACAAUAUGUACCGAAAUUGCGUGCAAUUCAAAAAGAUGUGCUGAAACGUUCGAUAAAUUCAACAAAAAUCGCUCAACAAAAAGGAUCUGAGGGAGUAUUUGUUCUCUGUCAUGGGGAUUUCCAUCGAAAGAAUAUGAUGUUUAAACAUUUUUCGGAUGGUAAAAUUGAAGAUGUGAUGUUGAUUGAUUUUCAAGUGUCCUAUUAUGGACCAGCAGUAUUGGAUGUUCUUUAUGGAAUGUAUAUGCUCGUAGAUGAAAAUAUGCGAUUAAAUUGUUACGAUGAAAUAAUUCACUACUACAGUUCAAAUUUUAUUGAUACUUUGAAAAAGCUGAAAUUUCAAGGAGAAAUUCCAAAAAUUUCUGAUUUCUUUAUUGAUGUUUUACGACACAGGCAUUGGGAAUUAUUUUUGAUGUCUUCAUUCUUGCCAAUGUGGAUUGCAUUUGCAACUGGUGAUCUAAAUCCUGAUGAUAUUAUGACAUCUGACGAAGCCCGAAAAAAUGUUUAUGAGAGUGAAGAAUAUAUCAAUGAAGUUAGAAAACUUUUACCUAGAAUGUUGUAUAGGGGAUAUUUAGAAUAAAAAUAAACAAAAAAA